AUGGCAGACCUUGAUCCCGCCGAGUUGAAGGCGUAUCAUGAUGAUGACGCUCAGUUGGCCCAGAUGGGUCACAAGUCUGAAUUGAAACGAAAUUUCUCUAUGGUAUCAAUGCUGGGUCUUGCAUUCGCUAUUCUUAAUUCAUGGACUGCCUUGUCCGCUAGUUUAUCCCUGAGUCUGCCCUCUGGUGGCCCGGCCAGUGUUGUCUGGGGUCUGAUUACUGCGGGUAUUUGCAGUUUAUGCAUGGCAGCCUCGCUAGCCGAGUUCUUGUCCGCAUAUCCAACUGCUGGAGGUCAAUAUCACUGGGUUGCUGUCAUCUCUCCUCAAAAAUGGAUGCCCAUUCUCUCUUGGAUCACCGGCUGGGUGAACUGUGCUGGUUGGGUCGCCCUGGUGGCUACCGGUGGAUUGCUGGGCAGUCAGCUGGUUCUGGGUGUGAUUUCUCUGAUGAAUCCGAACUACGAGUCCGAGCGCUGGCACCAAUUCCUCAUCUAUAUCGCCUAUAACAUUGCUGGCUUCCUCAUCAAUGCCCUCACGAACAAGUUCUUGCCUUACUUUAACAAAGCUGCCUUUAUCUGGUCCCUGAGCGGCUUCACCAUUAUCUGCAUCACCGUCCUUUCUUGCUCUUCGCCCGAAUUCAACUCUGGAGAUUUCGUAUUCCGUGAAUUCAUCAACCAGACCGGAUGGCCCGAUGGUAUUGCUUGGCUCCUGGGAUUGCUGCAAGGUGGUCUCGGUGUCACUGGAUUUGACGGUGUCGCCCACAUGAUUGAAGAAAUCCCCAACCCUUCCGUGGAAGGCCCCAAGAUCAUGAUUGCCUGUGUCGGAAUCGGUACCGUUACUGGCUCCAUCUUCCUGGUCGUCUUGUUGUUCGUGGCUGGAAACCUCGACAUCAUCAUCGAGUCCUCUGCUGGUCCCCUUCUGGCAAUCCUGAAGAACGCCACCCAGAACAAUGCCGGUGCCGUCUGUCUCCUAAUCUUCCCCCUGGUCUGCAUGCUGUUUGCCACGACCGCCAUCAUGACCACUAGCAGCCGCAUGUGCUACGCCUUUGCUCGUGACGGAGGCUUGCCAUUCUCCCGAUUCUUCUCGAAGGUCCACCCAACGCUGAAAGUUCCCCUGAACUCCUUGUAUCUCAACCUGGGUCUAGUCAUCAUCUUCGGCUUGAUUUUCUUGGGUUCUUCUAGCGCUUUCAACGCUAUUAUUUCGGCCUCCGUUGUCUGGCUGGACCUCGCAUACGGGAUCCCAAUUGCCAUCAACUGUAUUCGUGGACGUAAUACGCUUCCCGAGCGACCUUUCGUCCUCCCCGUUGCGCUCGGCUGGAUUCUCAACAUCAUCUCCCUUGCUUAUAUCUCUCUGACUACCAUCCUCUUCCUCUUCCCUCCCGAACUGCCCGCUACCGGCAGCAGCAUGAACUACUGUGUCGCCGCCUUUGGUAUCGUAGUUAUCCUCUGCGCAGUGACCUGGUUUGCCGACGGGCGCAAGAACUAUGUUGGCCCCCGGAUCGAGGUGGAAGUGCUUGCCGGACAAGCUGGCGGCCAGCCUGAGCAACCAAUCCCCGCCAUCGAACACUACGGCGAGAAAUAA